ACAGACAGCUGACGCACCGCAGCGGAGCGGAGCGCGUUUCAGUGCGCAUCUUCAUUCCAUGGCUCCAAGAGGACAGAAAGGUGCGCACAAUGUCUGUCCCAUCCUCGGAAACGGUUCUUUCACUUGACUCGAAUCUGAUUUAAGCGUCUUUUUUUAGCUCUACUGCAUCGGAUUCAUACAGCUUCUCGCAGCUUCAGUGAUAUUAAAUUCGGUGCGCAACAACUGAGAAGAAAAAAGGUGAAUUUAUUGAGGACUUAUUCUGCUCAUCCAUUCAUUACAAUCUGGAUACUGACAGAGAAUCAUGGCAUUAUUAAACUGCUAACCGGAGGAGUUUAAAGGCACUUUCCCUCUCCCUGUGAAGCUCUUCUAGCUCUUCUUGUUCCCAUGAUGAUGAUGGACGGCAGACAGUCGUCAAGGAUUUUCACACCUGACUGUGCAGCUUUUGCCAACACAUGAGAGGAACCAACAUGUUUUGUCUGGUGAGAUCUCGGAGCUCAUCAGACAGCAGCAGCAGCAGCAGGAGGACUAUGGGGAUCAGACAUGGGACAAAAGUCCAACAUCACUCCAAACCCAUCCCCAAAGUAUACUUCACUUUUAUUCUGCUCCUGCUCAUUUUCACACCGAGGGUGGAUUCAUCGUGGUGGUACAUCGGAGCGCUGGGUGCUCGGGUGAUCUGCGACAACAUUCCCGGCCUGGUGAACAAGCAGCGGCAGCUGUGUCAGCGGCACCCGGACCUGAUGCAGUCCAUCGGCGAGGGGGCCAAAGAGUGGAUCAAAGAGUGCCAGCACCAGUUCAGACACCACCGCUGGAACUGCAGCACGCUGGACCGCGACCACACCGUGUUUGGCAGGGUGAUGCUGCGAAGCAGCCGCGAGGCGGCGUUCGUGUACGCCAUCUCUUCAGCAGGAGUGGUCUACGCCAUCACCAGGGCCUGCAGCCAGGGGGAGCUAAAGAUCUGCAACUGCGACGGCCAGAAGCGAGGGCGAGCUAGCGACGACAGGGGCAGUUUUGACUGGGGCGGAUGCAGCGACAACAUCAACUACGGCAUCAAAUUUGCCAAGGCGUUCGUGGAUGCUCGAGAGAGGAUGGUGAAAGACGCUCGUGCGCUGAUGAACCUGCACAACAACCGGUGCGGUCGGAUGGCAGUGAAGCGCUUUAUGAAGCUGGAGUGCAAGUGUCACGGGGUGAGUGGCUCCUGUUCUCUGAGGACCUGCUGGCUGGCGAUGUCCGACUUCAGGCGAAGUGGAGACUACCUUCGCAAGAAGUACAACACAGCCAUCGAGGUGACCAUGAACCAGGACGGGACGGGCUUCAUGGUGGCCGACAAGGACUUCAAGGGAAGCACCAAGAAUGAGUUAGUGUACGUCGAGAACUCGCCAGAUUACUGUCUCACGGACCGCUCGGCAGGCUCCUUGGGCACAGCGGGCAGAGUGUGCAACAAGUCCUCCCGAGGCACCGAGGGCUGUGAGGUCAUGUGCUGUGGGCGGGGCUACGACACCAUGCGCGUCAAACGUGUCACCAAGUGCGAGUGCAAGUUCAAGUGGUGCUGCGCCGUGGAGUGCAGCGACUGCGAGGACUUGGUGGACGUUCACACCUGCAAGCCCCACAAGCGACCCGAUUGGCUGGACGUAACCUAACGAGGAGAGACCUGACCGAUCGCAUGUCACCACUGACUCAAUAACCUGCGCGCUAAUGACUACAUUUUAUUAUGGGAUAUAUAAUUGGGAUCUCUUAACUGUAAUACCUCUGGCUUUUGAUCCUUUGACACUUCCUGAAGCAGAGACUUCACAGACAACGAUGCUAAACUGGAAACAAGGCCCAGUUUCUGAUCGUGUGCUGCUUUAAUGAGAAUGUGUUGAGCUUUUUUAAGACAAACUUUGAAUCUUUGAUACAAAACGGCUGAAUAUAGUAUUAUUCAGUUGUAAAUGCACCCUUGGUUGAAGCAAAGAGAUAUGAGGUUAUAUCUGCCUGUUUCAGUAUGCAAAGACUGUGUGAGAACAUGACAUACUGCUCAUACUGAUGAUCAUAAUAACGGUAAUAUUUAGCCUGACGAGAGAGAGAUAAAGAAAGAAGGAUGGAGAUAUCUUUGGAGAUUGACAUUGUAUCAUUUAAAAUGAUAUCAAGUCAUAGUAUGGUACUGCAACAAAUCACUUAAAAUAAAAAAGACAGUUGCAGCGAAUGAGUGCAACUCUAAUGAACUGACAAAUGUGGAGAAGGGAGCUUGUGAAAAAGUUUCUACUCGAAUAAGAUCAGACAAUCACACUGUGAACCGGGAGGAACUGCAAACAGGAGAACAAGCAAGGACUGCAGAGCUGAAUUUUAGCAGGUUCCCGAGAGAAACAGGACAUACCAAGCAGGACAAAUGAAGCUUCAUAUGGACUUUGGAUUGUUGUCUCUGAAAGGGUGACAUUUUUCAUACAGUACCCCAUGUUUGACUGUCUGCAAUUGGUUUAACACAAUCUGGCUGUGUUGCCUUAUGAAGUACUUCAUCAUUUCUA